GGCACAAGGCAGCAGUGUGCGUCCUGCUCCCCAGCCUUGCUCGGCUCAGCACCCGCCAUGGCUCUGCGCCUCCUCCUGCCCCUGCUGCUGCUGCUGGCUGCUACCCUCCUCAUCGCCCAGGCUCAAGGCAUUGGCAGCUCGGCCUCGGACUGCUGCCUGAAGAACAGCCAGAAUGCCAUCCCCAGGAGCCUGGUGAAGUCCUACAUCCUCCAGGGAUCCGAGUCGGGAUGUUUGCUGCGUUCUGUCGUGUUUAUCACCAAGAAGAACAAGAAAAUCUGCGCCUCUCCCACCGACCCUGCUGUCCAGAAGCUGAUGCAGCACCUGGACAAGAAGGUGAAGAAUGACAAGAAGGACAAGAAGAAGGGACAGUCCCCGCGUCCCGGGGGCAGACCCAAGCGGCAGAAGCGGCAGCGGGUCUAAGUCAGGCCUGAAGAGGACGGAUUGCCUUCCCCACCGAUGACUGACCCACCGCCCGGCAAUGGACAUCCACAGACCACCCACCCACCUGAUGGCCCGGGGCAAGGACAGGGCUGGCCGGGGGGGCUGCCCUCUUCUCCGCAGCCCCCUCGGCGCUGCUGUGCCUGCCACAGAGAUCCCCCCAGCCGGGACCCCCGCACCAGCUGGGUGCUCUUGGCGGCGGGGGGGUUCCCGGGUCUUUGCUUGCCCCAUGGCCAUGCCAGUGGGGACCUGGACCCACGUGGCAGCUGAGCCGUGGCCCCAAGGGGAAAGUGGGCAGCCUUCCUGCCAGAGGGGAUUUCUGUAGCUUGGCAGGAUGGCAGCUUUUCCUGUGAAUUUUUUUUUCGGGGGCGGGGGGUGGGGGGGGGCGGUUUAUACAUUUGUAUUUAUAUUUAAAGACUGCGCUUUCAUCAGUUCUUCCUGGAGGGCUCUACUUCUGGCUCCUUGUGCUUCACAGAGUACCCUUUAUGCUGCAGGCUGGCUUUUCUGGAAGAUUGCUUUUAUUUUUCUACCAAAUAAAUGAUGGCUGCUUUUCAUUUUCCUCUCACCCGUUUGCUCCUUUUUGGCUUGCAGGGCUGUGGGGUGCCAGGCAGGUCCCAUGUCCCCAUGGUCCUGCCCGGGCUGCUUGCUAGGAGCUUCCUCACAGGGCAAUUGACAGCAUCGGAGAUGGAGAGUUUAGGGACAGCGGGGGUGACAAUGUAGCUGUAUGUCUGGCCUCUUCUAGGCUUUCCCUUUGGCUUCUGUAGUGCGCUGUUGCAGUGUAGUUUGGAAGAAGAUAGACAGGAUUUGUCCCUGUGGUUUUUUUUUUUUUAAUUUUUUUUUUUAGGUACAAAAUUUCAAUGAAAUCAGAACAAGUUGUUCAUUUUAAUGGAAUUAUACCCGUUUAUCUCCCUUGGUUUUGCUGUUGUCAGAGAUUCAGACUUUAUUAAGUCAAAUACCUAUUUUUCUUGGGGGGGAAAAAAAAAAAGAAACACUCAUAUGCUUUCUUCCCAAGUCUGAAAAGAGCCCACUUAGUGAAGGCUGCACCUGAGUCUGUGCAGGUGGGGAAACAGAAGACUUUACAAAACCCAUCGCAGACACGCUGCAGCCGUUUGAGAGCAGCUCUAUCCCAAACCCUUAGCAAAAUGAGAAGUCACCAAGCCGGGGACGCCAUAAGGUGAGACUGCGAGUAGAGGGGGGACAGAUCCCAGGGAAGGCGGCUGGUGGGGAAACGGCAUCUCCUUCUGCUUGCAAACCCCCUCCGGCAUGCCGAAAGGAGCAAGUUGAAAGGCUGUACCGCAGCCGCAGUGCUAUCUGCUUGCAGAGACUUCAGACGUGGACUUGGGUCAGUAAAGGUCUAUUAAGUCAUAUAAUUGCAAUAAUAGGAUUUGCGGGGCUUAACAGUAUCAGCAAAGGCUGUGUGUUGGCUGGAGUAAAGCUUGUAGCUGAGUGCCUCUAUCAAGCAGGUUUAUCUGUCUUGAUUGCUUUAUUAGGCGGGCAUUUAGGUUUAUUAUUUUAAGGCUGUGUAAAGAAACUGUGAAGUCCAAGAUACCGUCCCUGCGUACGGGACGGGCGCUGAGCUGGCUCCCUGCUGCCCUCCCCUCCACGUGGGAGCAGGCGGCCGCCUGCCAGCCCGGCUUUUGGACAGGAAGCGAGGCAAUAAAAUAUAUCCUUUACAACCAAACUCA